GAAGUGAGUAAUGUGUUAGUGUUCAUCUGAUGGGCGAUUAUUGCUGCUGACUGCUAUUGAAACUAAUCUAAAGUAAAUUACAGAAAUAAAAAAUGAGUUGCUGAAAUCACACAAGUGCUCUGACUUUAGCAUUGCGUUUUUUUACAUCGUAGUUUGUUUGAUCUUUGAAAAAGCAAAACAUAUUCAGAAUUGUACAUCACAUGGACAGUGUACUUGCGGUAAAAAAUUAAAGAGGUAAAGACAUUAUGGAUAAUCCAACUAAUGACUGUUUACCAAUGGAGACUGAUUCUGUAGGAGCCAACAAUCUUCCUCAAAACAUCACAUCAAAUCAAUCUCUUACUGAAGAAGAAGUGCUUGCCACUAUAAAUCAAAAUGGAGCACAGAACAUAAUUAUUGAGGCUACUGAAAAAUCCAUUGAAUCUUCUGAGACUGUGUCAAGAAAAGAAGACAGUGCAGUUACUGUAAGCGACAACAUCACAUCAAAUCAAUCGCUUACCGAAGAAAAAGUGCUUGCCACUAUAAAUCAAAAUGGAGCACAGAACAUAUUUAUUGAUGCUACUGAAAAAUCCAUUGAACCCUCUGAGACUGUGUCAAAAAAAGAUGACAGUGUGACUCUGAUGGACGAAUCCUUGAGUGAGGAAAAAAGCAUAGCAAAUCCAAGUACGUCCCUGCCUUUGGUUCGUUCAGAUUGUGCAAACUCUACUUCACCUCCAUGUAAUGGAGAAUCAUCUGGGAAUGAACUUGAACUGACUAGAGAUAACAGUAUUAUGCUAGAAGAUCAAGUAAAUGAACCGAUAGGAGGAAGAAGUCCACUUUUUGAAAAUUAUUGUGGCGCUAUGGACCAGAGUUCCUCAGAAGACGAUGAGCUUUCAGGUUCAGCUCUAAAAAGCUCUUCAAGUUUUUUUGGAAUUGAACUUGAUUCUGUAAUCAAGCAACCAAAUGAAAGUCCUGACAAACUAUUGUCAAAUGAAGUUAACAAUGAUCUGCCAGUAAAUACAUUGCCUGAUGAAGAACCUGUAGUCAUUGAAUCAAAGUUAUCUGGGGAUGAUUCCUUAAACAUACAUAGAGGAGCAGUUGUGCCAUACUCUGAUACGGAAGAUUCUGAUAGUUCGUCUGAUAGCAGCAGUUAUGAGAGCAGUGAAGAAAGUAGUGAGUCUGAAGAUAGUAGUGAAGAAAGUGUUACUGAAGAGACAGAUGAAAAAGGAAAAACAAAUUCUAACAAACCGAAAAAACAAAAGAAGGUUCCAGGUGAACUAGACAUUGAUGACCUCCCUCCUAUUCAAGAUUUGCACAUAAGUGUGAGGAAUGAUCAAGUUGUUGAGAUUGGGAAAGUGCUCCAUGCGGUCGAUACAUUAGUUGUUGUUGAGGGUUAUAAAGACCAACCUCCUUUGGAUAUUGAAAGUGUCCUGUUUUUGGACAGAGGAGCUCGACCACUUGGACGUAUAUUUGAUGUGAUGGGUCCAGUGAAAGAACCCCUGUACUGUGUCCGUUUUAAUUCAAAACAGCACAUUGAUGAACAAAAUAUUCAACCGGGAAUGCUUGUUUACUGUGCUCCUCAAACCGAACAUAGUAAUUUUGUCUUCCUUCAGCAUCUACUUUCGAUGAAGGGUAGUGAUGCAUCUUGGAAGAAAGAUAAAGAAACCCCCUCAUCAUAUCAGGACUUUUCAGAUGAUGAAGAAGAAGUAAAGAUGAGGAAGUGUGACAACCAAAAGAAAAUGAGGAAUUUGAAGUCACCUGGAGAACCAAGUCCAAAAGCCCCUAGAACUAAUAUGCAGUCCUCCACUUUCCAUCAGUCAAGCACUCCUGACCACCAAGGCACUGGAUUCCGUCCAAGAAACCCCUGGGGUGGGUCGGGGAUUCAAAAUUAUAAUUCAAGGAAUCAGCACCAUCAGCACCGACCUACUCCUCCCACUCAUCAUGUAAAUCCAUACCAAGCCAGAGGUCAUGUCAGGCCACCAUCUUUUAAUGUUGAAUCGCAGUUUCAAAAUCAACCUUCAUUCAGAAAUCAAUCAAGGCCUAACAGAUAUCCUUCCAACCCGCAGUUUGGUAGAGAAUCUGAUCCUAGAAUGUUUGGUCAACCUGCUAUGUCUAGCUUUAAUUCUGCUUGGCCUUCAACUGAAAGAACUCAUCCUAAUCAAGGGCCUGGUUAUGGUCCUAGACCACCAAUGAACCAGUGGCAAUCACAGGCUCCACCACCCAUGAACCAGUGGCAAUCUCAAACGCCACCACCUAUGAACCAAUGGCAACCACAAGCUCCAUAUGUGCAAAACUCACAUAACCCACCUAAUGACCAAAGAUAUCAAGCCUUUCAAACAGAAAUUGCAAGAUUAGUUGAUGCCUACAAUAGGGGAGCAGAAAGCCCAAUGGCAGUGCAUCCUCCUGCCCUUGGAACAAGACCUUCUCGGCCCCCUCCAGAUUGGAACAGUUAUCCCAAUUAAUGGAAUAUGAAAUAUCUGUAUCCACGAGCUUUUAUUUAGUUUUUGUUUUGUUUUAGGAGUUAUUAAAACACAUUUAUGUA